UAUAGUCUAAAACUUCGCGUGUGUGACCCGUGGAACAUUAUUUAUAAUAUGAUCUAAUUAUAGAUUUAUUUCGCGUAUCGAAGUCAAAAGUUAGUUAGAAAAGUGUGCGUGUGUGUAGUGACUCGGUAUCAGUGCACAAAGAUUGUAAAAACAUGUGUUUCGAUGUGAAUAUAACUUGGUGAAUAACAUUACCAAUACCAAAGGAUACAUGUCAACAAAUUGCAAUUAUUUCUAGUAGCGGCCGCAGGAGUGUUGUUUGAUUGUGGGAGGAAUUUAAGGGAACUUUGUCGGUUAUUGUAAAUUGAAUGUAUGAGUCCGCAAUCGGUGAUAUCGACAGUGUAAUGAACUUAACUUUACUUCCGGUGUUUUCGUGAUGGUGUAUCGUGAUUAGUAUUGUGUGAUAAUACGGCGGGAUGGCGAACCCUACGAUCGGGGUAUCGUUUGACCAAAAUGACAUGACCAGCUGGUACUUUGGCGGGCUGUCUCGUGCGGAGGCCACAAAGCUACUGCUCAAUGAGACUGAAAGCGGAGUCUUCCUCGUCAGGGAUUCCAAAACUAUUCAUGGAGAUUACGUUUUGUGUGUCAGGGAAGAUGAUCGCGUGUCGCACUACAUCAUCAACCGCGUCAUAUCGGCGGACGGUACCACGAGGUUUAGGAUUGGCAAUCAGCUGUUCGCGGACAUGCCGGCGCUAUUGGCCUUCUAUAGGUUGCACUAUUUAGACACGACGCCACUGGUACGGCCGCUGCCACAAGCGACCGCUCAAGCAGCCCCGACAGCUCCACCUCAUUUAUACCACGUACUCGAGGUGGUGAUCGCCAAAUUUGAUUUUGAUGGCAGUGAUGCAGACGAUCUUCCGUUCCGUCGCGGAGAGAAGCUGAUGGUCAUCAAUCGCGACGAAGAGCAGUGGUGGACGGCCCGGAACGCUCAGGGCAGAACUGGCUCCAUACCUGUUCCAUACGUGCAGAGGCUUCUAGAUCCAGCCGGUAUGCCAUACCCACCUAAUGAGGCAAUUAACCAGUUCGGUGAUCCACCCAGCCCACCUAACAUAAAACAACCCCAGAAAGGAACCAACAUGCAGCGGACACUUCCAGCGCUAGCGCGUGUGAGACAGUCGAGGGUUCCCAACGCGUAUGAUAAGACAGCGCUUAAACUACAGGAGGGUGAUAUACUCAAGGUAACAAAAAUGAACAUAAACGGGCAAUGGGAAGGCGAGCUGAACGGUAAAGUCGGUCACUUCCCCUUCACUUACGUGGAGUUCCUCGAUGACGUGGCCAGCUAAAUGUGUGACCAAAUAAUAUCCCGCUAAUUAAUCGUGUUGCAAGUGUAAUUUAUAAAAUAAAUUAUAAAAGUGGUUGAAAAGUGAUCGAAGAAUACAUUUAUUGUAUAAUAUGACAGAUUUUUUUCGUGACUCGUGAGAAUGUUACAUAUUUUUAAUCUGUACACGAUAAAUAAAGGACAUUUAUUAUGUAUUACAGUAAGGUAUUGUCACACUUCACUGCAGAAUUAUAUUUAACUUCGCCCCGACAAAAUAAUACAACCCGACUUCAAUCCGACCGCAGAGCCACCUAUCGGUUCUAAUCUAGUGUGUAAAAAACAUUAUUAUGAUAUAUUUCUGAUUGUUAUUAUGCCUGAGUAUUUUUUUUUUUAAUUAAAAGCUAACAGUGGCAACCCAAAAGAUAACUAGAGAGUGUCUUAAGCUUAUUUUUUAAAUGAUGUCGACAAAUAUACAGUUAUUCAUUUUCUUUAGAUUUUUUUACACAAACUAUAACUAAAUUGUUUGUAUGUGUUUUUAAUGAUUGUGCAAUUUGGGUAAUGUUCAAAGUUAUAUAUGAAAUGAAUUGACUAAUUGAUUUUAGUGAAGUGUGAUAUAUCUAUACAAAUCGUGCCCACCGAUAUGGGCUAUGUUCAAUGUAUACCUGUUAAAAUCUACAGCUUUCUUCUAUAACAUUUGCUAUUUCUUACAAAAACUUUUACACGCACAAAACGGCUAUAAUAAUUAAAUAAAGCUAUCAAAUAAUUUGCACAUAUUUUCUAUAACUGUAAUACUAAAGACCAAUUUUCUAUUUCUCUAUGCUUUUAUUAAUCUGUACACAUUAUCACUACACCAUAGACUAAGGACCAAACUUUUUUAAAUAUCUUUUUAGCUUUAAAUUUCAAAAUGUAUUGCUCAUGACUAAUAGAAAAUAUAUAAAACGAUCUAAAAUAAUUCUACGUAUAUUUUAUGGCCGGGUCAUUUACACUAAGUUUAUUUUUUUUAUAUAUUACACCACUAAUUAAUGUUAAUUUGAUUGUAUAGUCUGUUUAUAUAUUAAUUUAAUUAACAUGCAUUUUUAAUAUUUUGUAACAUUUUCGUUAUGAAGGCACUUGGAAUUGUUGGCAACACUGAAUUCAAUAGACAUAAGAAUAUAAUGUUUUAAAUUAAUUAAAUAACACUUCGAUAAAAAAUAUUAAAAUGUAUAAAAACAGCGGCUAACUGCAGAGAACCAUUAAUUGCAAUGAAAUCAUUUAAAGCGCUAGAAAUUAAAACAGAAAUACCUAACAGCUUAAAAACCAAUCUAAAGAUCAUUGUAGCCUUAAAACUACAUAGCUAUAAAUUUUAGGAAACGGACAAGUGUUAGGUUUAACAGCCGGCAUGAGUCUUGACAACAGAUGGGCAAUAGUCGGGUCUAGUUACAAGUAAGUACACUGUCGGACAAAUUACCGUAGCCGAAGGACGAUUGAGAGUCCAAUAGAGGACUGGCAUCGCCAGACGGACCAAUCGCGUGCCAAAACAAUGUUCUACUGCGCAGGUCAAGGUUGUGCUCAUGACUCAUGCCGGUUACUGUACUCUGUGUCUUUCCGUACACCUGACAAUGUAAACAAAAUUUAAUUAAUUUAAUAAGAGAAAUAAUUGACAAACUCACACGCAUCUAUAAUAUUAGUAAGGAUUCCUAAAAUAUGACUAUUAAAUACAUAUUUAAAAUACUAUUAAGUAUAAAAGAUUAAUUUUAUUCCGCCAUGUAACUUUGUAACUAGUUUAGAGAAAUAUGUCUAGUAUUGCAAGAUGUAAAAAACACGUCAAAACAUAUUGGUCUACGUUUAGUGAUUUUAUUCAAUUAAUAUUUUUUGCAGUGAGCCUUUAUUGCUAAAUGUUCCGUAUCAAGGAAUUGACGGUUACAUCGAAAUAGUUAAUAAUUGCUUUAUACAAUUUUACAAUUAAUGCUGUUAUGUAAUUGUUAAAUAAUACUCGGAUAAUAAAUAAAAUUAAUAUUAACUGAGAUUAAGUAAUCCAAAUAAUAAUAUCAUAU